AUGAUCUCACUCGUUACACUUCUCUUUGGUGUGCUAAGCGAAAUAAUCCAGAUUCUCCCUUCGACUCCUGGCCAGCAACUACACAUACGGUAUCCCGGCGGCCAAUGGAUCAAUCCCGGUAUGGAAUUGAACAUUCAAGAGACUACUAUGAUUCCAGAGAUCAGUAGCAUCAACCUCAGAUGCGACCAGAAAUAUAUGAUCUUCUUCAUUGACCUCGACGCCAUCUUACCCGGAACACGCAUCCAAUCAGUCAUUCUACACUGGUACCAGCCAAACCUCAUGAUGGAUUGUAAAAAGCCAACACCUCCUUCCAGAAUCGUUCCUGGCAAAGAUUAUGACGACCAACCUCAGCCCACAGCUUCGUACAUAGCUCCUCGGGCACCGCCAAAUACUCACCACCGUUACGUGUAUCUCCUCUUUGAGCAGCCCGAAGCCUAUCAAUUUCCGGAAUGUUUCUCUCAUGUGUUUCCUGAGACUGUUAGCGCCCGCGCGGGAUUUGAUAUCAGGGAGUUUAUACAGGCAACAGUGUUAGAUCCUCCUGUUGCGAUGAACUAUUUCAUUGGUAGACAUGAACCCGGCCAAGGCGAGACAACUACAAUGUCCUAUAGUGCGACAACGACCUCGUUCCGUUCCGUGGAUUGUGCUACGAGAACGGCUGGCUUGGUCCUGUGA